AUGUCUCUCACUUUCUGCUUCCACUCCCUCUGGCCCAGCCCUCUCCACUUCUGGGUCCUUUCCAUUUGGGCUCUGUUUGUUUCACCUGUCACCUCCUCCCACCACCAAUCCAUCCCACACUCCAUCAAACUGCAUGGCGACAUCACUCUGGGCGGCCUGUUCCCCAUCCACUCCCGGGGGCCCCACGGUUUGCCCUGCGGAGAGCUGAAGAAGGAGAAGGGCAUUCACCGGAUGGAGGCCAUGCUGUACGCCUUAGACCAGAUCAACCAGGACCCGUACCUCCUGCCGAACAUCACUUUGGGCGCGAGGAUCCUGGACACCUGCUCCAGAGACACUUACGCCCUGGAGCAGUCGCUGACCUUUGUGCAGGCGCUGAUUCAGAAGGACACGUCAGACAUUCGCUGUUCAAACGGUAUGCCGCCGCUGAUCAGGAAACCAGAGAGAGUGGUGGCCGUGAUAGGAGCCUCCGCCAGCUCCGUAUCCAUCAUGGUGGCCAAUAUACUCAGGCUCUUUGAGAUCCCUCAGGUGAGUUAUGCCUCCACCGCUCCGGAGCUCAGCGACAACAACCGUUAUGAUUUCUUCUCCCGAGUGGUUCCUCCAGACUCCUACCAGGCCCAGGCCAUGCUGGACAUCGUCAAGGCCUUAGGCUGGAACUAUGUCUCUACACUGGCUUCUGAGGGCAACUAUGGAGAGAGCGGAGUGGAGGCCUUCAUGCAGAUCUCCAGAGAGGCAGGGGGAGUGUGUAUAGCUCAGUCUGUGAAAAUCCCUCGUGAGGCGACAGACGGAGAGUUCGACAAAAUCAUCAAGCGACUCAUGGAGACCAGUAACGCAAGAGGAGUCAUCAUCUUUGCCAACGAGGACGACAUCAAGAGAGUUCUGGAGGCGGCGAAGCAUGCCAACCUCACCGGUCACUUCCUGUUCGUGGGCUCGGACAGUUGGGGGGCCAAGAGUUCACCAGUGUCCGAGCUGGAGGAUGUAGCCGAGGGGGCGGUCACCAUUCUACCAAAGAGAGUUUCUAUAGACGGUUUUGACCAGUACUUUACAUCCCGUUCACUGGAGAACAACCGCAGGAACAUCUGGUUUAAUGAGUUCUGGGAGGACGACUUUAGAUGUAAACUGACCAGACCUGGAAUCAAACUGGACCCAGACAAGAAGAAGUGCACAGGAGAGGAGCGAAUCGGCCGGGACUCUCUGUACGAGCAGGAGGGGAAGGUGCAGUUUGUGAUUGAUGCCGUUUACGCUGUGGCCCACGGUCUGCACUCCAUGAUCCAGGACCUGUGCCCCGGCGCCUCAGGGGUCUGCUCCAGCAUGGACCCUGUGGAGGGGCGCACGCUGCUCAGCUACAUCCGGGCCGUCAACUUCAACGGUAGUGCAGGGACUGGUGUACUCUUCAAUGAGAAUGGAGACGCCCCGGGACGCUAUGACAUUUUCCAGUUUCAGAUGACCAACCACACCCAUCCAGGCUACAGAGUCAUCGGACAGUGGACCAACAAUCUCAGAUUAAACAUGGAGGAGAUGCAGUGGUCUGGAGGAGAUCAGUCCCUGCCUGAGUCCAUCUGUAGUUUCCCCUGUAAACCUGGAGAGAGGAAGAAGAUGGUGAAGGGAGUGCCCUGCUGCUGGCACUGUGAGCUGUGUGACGGGUACCUGUUCCAGUUGGAUGAGUUCACCUGUGAGGCCUGCCCCACAGACAUGCGUCCUCUGCCUAACCGCACGGCCUGCAGGCCUACUCCCAUCAUAAAGCUGGAGUGGCACUCGCCCUGGGCUCUCGUGCCCGCCUCACUAUCUCUGCUCGGCAUCCUGGUCACUAUCGCCGUGGUGAUCACCUUCAUCCGCUUCAAUGACACGCCCAUCGUCCGAGCAGCUGGACGAGAGCUCAGCUACGUCCUGCUCACUGGGAUCUUCCUGAUUUACCUCAUCACGUUCUUUAUGAUUGCGGAGCCCGGCGUGGUGGUGUGUGCGUUCCGAAGACUUUUCUUGGGGUUGGGAAUGGCCAUCACUUACUCCGCCAUGUUAACCAAAACCAACCGCAUCUACCGCAUCUUUGAGCAGGGAAAGAGAUCUGUGACUCCGCCCAAAUUCAUCAGCCCCUAUUCCCAGCUGGCCAUCACCUUCAUACUCAUAUCAGUGCAGGUGGUGGGCGUGUUUGUGUGGUUCGCUGUGGUUCCUCCUCACACCAUCAUCGACUACGAAGAGCUCCGCCCCCCGAACCCUGACCUCGCCCGCGGCAUCCUCAAGUGUGACAUGUCUGACCUGUCAAUCAUUUGCUGCCUGAGCUACAGCAUCAUACUUAUGGUCAUAUGCACAGUUUAUGCCGUUAAGAGCCGGGGCGUCCCAGAGACCUUCAACGAGGCCAAACCCAUCGGCUUCACCAUGUACACCACCUGCAUCGUGUGGCUCGCAUUCGUGCCAAUAUUCUUUGGUACCGCUCAGUCCACAGAGAAGCUGUUCAUCCAGACCGCCACCCUGACCGUGUCCAUGUCUCUGAGUGCGUCUGUGUCUCUGGGGAUGCUCUACAUGCCCAAAGUCUACGUUAUCAUCUUCCACCCAGAGCAGAACGUGCAGAAGCGGAAGAGGAGCUUCAAGGCUGUGGCCCAAGCUGCUCGGGAUUCACAAAAAACUCCCAACGAAAAACAAAAUGGAGAGACAAAAAUUGAGCCUGACAGUCCCAACAUGGCGGCCUCCUCCUCUGCUUCACGUGAACUGUUCACGACCGGAGUCCGGGCAGUUCUGCACAAUUGGCCCGUUCUACAGAUCGCAGUAGAUAAUGGCUUCGGGGGUGUCUACGGUCAACAGAAAGCGGACUGGUUAGUGGAUGUGCUGCAGCAGUAUUUUCAUGACAAUGCCGACCUUCAACAGUUUGAGGUGGAAGACUACAUCUCAACUCUGAUGGAUCAAGAGUUCGACACAGUUGUAGAUGAUGGGAGUUUACCUCAAGUGUGCAAGGACCUGCUGCAGAUGUUCUGCCAGUGGAAACAGGGGGCACUACAGCAGCUCCAGGCCUCCAUAGACAAACACAGUCAGAAAAAAGAGCGCGCUAAAGUCACCGCAGCGGCCCCGGAGUCUGAUUCAGGCCGAGAGAGCGACAGUGGCGAUGAGUCCAUGGAGUGUGAAGCAGCGGCUCCAGGCGUCAAUGGGACUUGUCCUACGACGAGCUCUGUGUCUGUGAACCAGGAAGAUGACGACGGAUGGACAGUUGUGCGGAAGAAGAAAUAA